GGGACGUCCAGAGUCUAGAAACGGGCAGGCGUUGUGGUUGCUGCCGCUGGCGAGCUUUGCUUUCCUCCACGCCCUGAGCUCCUGCGUCUGCGGGGUUGGGCUGCUUCCGUGGGUCCCCUCGAGAGGAAUCGCCCCGAUCCCUGCCUCAGAGGUGGCUGGAGACAGGGCGAAGCUUUGGGCAGGCUGAAGCCACUUCGCCUCUAGCGGUCUCUCGGGGCGCCUCUAGCGGUCUCUCGGGGCGCUCCGCCUUCACCAGGUCCGGCAACCGGGCGGGACCGAAUGCCAUUAUUGCGCGCCUCUGCAGCCCCCUCGGACGCUUGGUUGUGGAAGCGAGCUGGAGGAGAAGGCGGGAGCCGCGGGGCGGGAGCCAUGGCUGAGGGGCAGCAGGUGGGCCCCGCCGACGCCGACGCCUGGGAAAUCGACGUGGAGAGCCUGGAAGAGCCCGAGCAGCUCGAGCGGCCGCCGCAUGCGCCACCAGCGCCGCCUUCGCUACAGGACGACGAGGAAGACGACAACCAGGGUGACGAUGACGACGACGAGGAGGAGGAGGGAGAAGAAGACGAAGACGUAGUCGAAGCCGGGGCAACGGGCGACCUUCUCCGCUUGCCUGGGUUGCCUCAGCCGCAGCUUGUCUCGCCGUCGCCGGCGGCGGAGGAGGGUGGCGUAAGCGGCGGGGAGCAGCCGGUCCGCAAGCUUAGCCGCACGCCCAAGUGCGCGCGUUGCCGCAACCACGGCGUGGUGUCCUGCCUGAAAGGCCACAAGCGCUUCUGCCGCUGGCGGGACUGCCAGUGUGCCAACUGCCUGCUGGUGGUGGAGCGGCAGCGCGUCAUGGCCGCCCAGGUGGCGCUUCGCAGGCAGCAGGCCACCGAGGAUAAGAAGGGACAUACAGGGAAACAGGCUAAUUUUGAGCGCAGAACAGUGUACCAGAGACAUGUUCGGACGCCUAGUUUGCUGGCUAAAAGCAUUUUAGAAGUACUCCUUGGAUUUUAUCUUUACCUCUGUGUACGUAGAGAGAAUAGAAAUGCACCAGUUGUAGGUUAUCGUCCCAUUCCAGCAGAACCUUACCUUGGAGGGAAUUCGUCCUUGCCACCUCCUGUUAGUGACAGAAUGAGAAAAAGACGGGCUUUUGCUGACAAAGAACUUGAGAACAUAAUGCUUGAACGGGAAUAUAAGGAACGAGAAAUGAUGGAAGCCACCCAGGCUGCUGCCUUCUUCCUGCCAAACCGCAUGGUACAUGGGCCCGAGUACAAUUCUUAUAAAAGUUUUAACUCUCAUCAACUUGAAGCUUCCAGUAAGGAGUUGUGUGGUUUUCUGCCUACCUGCUUAGAUCUGACUAUGCAGUAUUCAGGCUCAGGGAACAUGGAACUGAUCUCAUCAAAUUUGAGUGUGGCCACCACCUACAGGCAAUAUCCUUUACCCUCCAGAUUCUUGGUGUGGCCAAAAUGUGGCCCUCUCAAUGAUGCCCUUCUCUAUCAGCAAUGCCUUCUAAAUGCUACCACAGUCCAGUCUCUCAAACCUGGAGUAGUUUGGGACAAUAAAGCUUCACAUGGCCAGGACUUUCCCAUCUCUGAACAUGACAUCACAUUGUCAAAAAAUGAGAACACGUUGCACCAUCCUCAUGUUCGGGAACUUGAGACACGGCAAAACGAACUCCAAAACAUCUCUCGGGAGGCUCAUGAGAGGUCAGCGUUUUCAUCUCCCAAGAGGACCUUUUCACAGAUACCUGGCAAGGAUCCUACAGUUCAUCAGGACCCGCCUCUCAACCAGAUCAACAAAGAAAGCAACAAGCAGCAUCUGCUACUGCCACCCUCAUCCAAAUAUAGCCCAUUCCAUUCAUUAUUCCAGCAGACGCUUCAUAGCAAAUCAGGAUCAGAGUUAAAAACCAGUUUUGAUGAGGCAUCCAAGAAAUAUAGAGAGUGCACCUUCAGAGAAAACCAAAAGUACAAAUUCAGCAUUGACAGAUAUGCAAAAGACUUUCUGGAGACUAAACAAGUUGUAACAAAAUUAUCAGCAAAUGAACCGUUACCAUUUUCUGUUGAAUCAAUUCUUAAGCGACCAUCUUCAAUGGUCACCAAUGUUUCUCAGUAGGCUGACAAUGUGAUCUUCCAAACAAAUCUAUUGGCAUUUAGAAUUGAACUUAACCAUAUGUGCCAAGAAGUAAGCCCCUUUGAAUUCAUUAGAGAGUUCUUUUGCUAGCCACUUCGUCCACCAUACACUUGAAAGAUGUUCUUCAGAUUUUGUUGAAAUUGAUUUCCAACAAACAGGUUUUGAACUACAACACAGCAUUAAUAUCAGUUGUUUUCAGACUGGCUGAGUUGCCCUUUCUGGGGAAUUGACUAUUCUAAAAUGCAAUUAUUGAUAUGCUAUCUGACAAACGCAUAGCCACUGCCUUUUGCCACCAUGAUUUUGGAAAAUAGAAUUUCAGAUGUAAAGGGGGUUAUUAAAAUGUACAUAGUAUGCAUGUUUUUAUAUGAAAAUAAAAU